AUGUUUCUUCGAUCACUCUACGGCUCGCGCAUGCCCCAACCGCUUCACCCACGCGUGGAUCCGCAUGCAUCAAGCUACUGGGAAGAAGACACGGCUACCUCUCGAGAAAUUGUGCGAGCUAUGGAGGAAGCAGAAGCAUCAGACGCUGAUCUUGGAGAUGAUGACAAGAAGACAAACAGUGUACUGCUGACUGGAGAUAAUCUGACAAGCCGCCGUCGCUCGAACACGACGCUGUCGUCGCAUUUUGCAGAGCUGUUGGGAAUUGAUGAUUUGCCUUUGCAAGAUGUGGAUCAUCUCUGUGUAGAGAAUAUGGGAUCCUCUCCUGUAAAUACACAGUUGUCGCCUGCCGGUCUGAUCUCUAUCGCUGCCGCCGAUAUCGACGAGGCGGCCAAUAAUAACAACCAGAACGUACCGCCACUCAACGGGCAAUUGGACUUGGCCUACAUUCGCUCGCUACGUCAAGAAUCAAUUAAGAGUGGGAUAGAAGAAAACAUUACUAUGAUGACAGCAGCACUUCGUCAAGUUGUGGAAACUCUUCCUGCUGCUCGGACAUCAGGAAUUGAGGAAGUAGCAGUUGAAAUUGAAACAAACAAGCCUGAGAAUAAUUUUUUCUCGCUGAUUCAUCGCCAUUUUCGAAUGCUGAAAAUCUCUUCUUUUUUGGCAUUGAAAGGUGCUGGAGACGUUCAAGAAGAUGCAGCUGAUUGUCAGACAAAGAUGCGUUUUCUUUCAUUGCUUCGUCGUAUCAACGAAUUAUGCCCGCAGCAUUCAGAAAGCUGGGAUGGUCUUCCAUACCCACAAAUUAUAGCUCUUCCGACGUUCGAGUAUCAGAACCAUGAGCAUCACGCUGACAAUAAGCAACCGGGAGAGGAGAACGGGAAAUACAACCUAGACUGCGCGGUAUGCCGUGAUGAGUUUAAAGCAAAAGAAGAAGUGCGAGCUCUUCCAUGUUUACAUUUUUACCAUCGCGAAUGCAUUGAUCAGUGGCUCAUGUGUCACCGCCAGUGCCCUAUCUGCAAGCACGUUGUUGUCGUGCAUUAA